AUGGUGACAAGCCACAUGAUCAAGGACGCUCACAUCCCUUCCAAGCCGAAUGGAUCAAGUGUGUGUCGAGGAUGCCAAGAAGGGAAGAUGGUCCAGAAACCGUUCCCGAGCAACCGUGACAAGCGCACCUACAACACCUUCGAGAUGCUCCACUUCGACAUCUGCGGACCCAUGGAAGAAAAAUCUCUGGGUGGCAGCAAGUAUCUGCUGCUGAUCGUGGAUGAAGCCAGCGGAUGCAUGAAGGGUUUUUGUCUGCAUUCCAAGUCAGAGAGCGAAGAGUGCAUCAAGAAGUACAUCACGAUGAUACAGACGCAGUUCAACAAGAAGGUCAAAUUUGUGCGACACGAUGGAGCCCGCGAAUUUGCGACGAACUCGCUUCAAGAUUUCUACGAAGUCGAAGGCAUCGAGCAACAAACCACGGUGCCAUACGCACAUCAAGCCAAUGGAACUGCUGAACGCGCGAUUCGAACUAUCGUCACCAUCGGUCGUAGCAUGCUACAUUAUGCCAAGCUGAACAAGUGUUUCUGGGGUGAAGCGGCAAUGACGGCCGUCUAUGUGAAGAACCGUUUGCCGUCACCCAAGAUUCCACACAAGACACCGUUCGAGAUUGUCUACAAUUCUAAGCCAAGUGUCAAGCACAUGCGCGUUUUUGGGUGCCAAGCAUACAUCUUGACCCCGAAGGAGAAACGACUCAAGUGGGAUCCCAAGGCCCGGGCUGGAUUGUUUUUGGGCUACGAAGAAGUGUCCAAGGCGUAUCGAGUUUACGACAUCGAAGCGGGGCAGGUGAUGAUAAGUCGCGAUGUCAACUUCGAUGAGUCGGCCUUUGGAAUGUCGAUGCUGAUUUCCGAUGACGAUGUUGAUGGCCUGGACUUCGAAUCGAUCGAUCUUGAUGAUGAAGAACCGCGUCCGAGACACUUCAAACAAACAGGAAAGCGCAAGGCCCAACCCAGUCACGACAAUGACGACGCAAGCAUGCCCCGAGCAGUGCGCCAACGACCCGGAUUGGAAGAGUCAAGUGCGCCGGAUGACCUCUCUUCACGUCGAGCCAACGAAGAUGAAGAAAGGAAGUCGGAGGAACAACAUGACACACCGACUUCCUCCGCGUUUUGGCAUGCGAGUGCAAACGCCGUCGAAGCAGCGGUCGAUUUUUCGGAGCCGUCGACAUUUGAAGAAGCAGUAUCUGGCCCGGACCAAGUACACUGGCGCAAGGCAAUUGAUGCGGAGCUCGAUUCGAUGAAGCUUCGCGGUGUCUUUCGUGCGGCCAAGUUACCCAACGGACAAAGCGCCAUUGGCACAAAGUGGGUCUUCAAGAUCAAGCGCAAGGCGGAUGGGUCGAUCGAGAAAUACAAGGCACGACUUGUGGCCAAGGGUUUUCGCCAAAAGUAUGGCAUCGACUACACGGAGACGUUCUCGCCCGUGGUCAAGUAUGUGACGCUGCGAAUGGUCAUCGCCAUUACCAAGCACUUUGGAUGGCCCCUCGACCAGCUCGAUGUGGUGACUGCGUUCCUGUAUGGAGUGAUGAAGGAGAAGGUGUUCUGCGCUGUUCCGGAAGGCGUCAAGAUGGAAGGUGAUUUCGACUGUCUCGAGCUGAUCAAGGCGAUCUACGGUCUCAAGCAAGCCUCGCGUGUUUGGAACGAGACCUUCGACGAGUUCAUACGCUCGAUUGGUUUUCAAGCGUCGGGAUUCGAUCCAUGUCUCUACAUCAUGACUUCGGAAGGCCAUUGUGUUUUUGUGCUGGUCUACGUGGACGAUGUCUUGGUGACUGGAAGCUCGCUCGAGAUGAUUGCGCGCACCAAGAACGACCUCAAGACACGCUUCGAGAUGACGGACAGCGGCAAGUGUGCCUUUGUUCUUGGGAUCGAGUUAUUGGACGGUGAAGAUGGCAGCGUGACUAUGUGUCAGCGCCGUUAUGUCGACGAUGUCCUCAAGCGCUUUGGAAUGGAUGAGUGCAAGGCUGUGGCAAGUCCGGUGGACGUCAGCUCGACUGGUUCCAAGCAACUCUGCAAGCAAGGUGGAUGUCCCAUUCCGUGA